CGAGCUGGAUCGGGAGUGCGGUCGCGGCUUUCUGCACUCCGGCGGCGGAAUGGCCCGUGCGCUGCUUGUCGCGUCUCCGGCCUGCGACCCUUAGACGCCCAAGCCCGCUCUCCGCGCCAAUCCUCCCGCGCGGACGCUGCCAGCGAGCCGGCGGUGCGGCGACUCGGCUCCUGCGGUCCGUUCUCUCAGGCUGCGCGAUCAGGAUUUUUAGACUCUGAGGAGCAAUUGGAGCUAAUCCACACCAUGGAAAUGGAAACCACCGAACCUGAGCCAGACUGUGUAGUGCAGCCUCCCUCUCCUCCUGAUGAUUUUUCAUGCCAAAUGAGACUGUCUGAGAAGAUCACUCCAUUGAAGACUUGUUUUAAGAAAAAGGAGCAGAAGAGAUUGGGAACCGGAACCCUGAGGUCUUUGAGGCCAAUUUUAAAUACUUUGCUAGAAUCUGGCUCACUUGAUGGUGUUUUCAGAUCUAGAAACCAGAGUGCAGAUGAGAGCAGCUUACAUGAACCUAUAGUGAAAAAACCCCUGGAAAUCAGUCCGUCAUGUCCACCAGCAGAAAAUAGUAUGUCUGUCCUGAUUCCUGAUGGGACAAGUGUUGGGGGCCAAAUACCAGAAGCCCAUCCUUCCACUGAUGCUCCAGAACAAGUGGUUCCAAUCCAGGAUCACAGCUUUCCACCCGAAACUCUCAGUGGGACAGUGGCAGAUUCUACAGCAGGGCACUUCCAGACUGACCUUUUGCAUUCAGUUUCAAGUGAUGUUCCUGCUAGUCCUGACUGCAUAGACAAAGUCAUGGAUUACAUUCCAGGGGUUUUCCAAGACAACAGUUUUACAAUUCAGUACAUUUUGGACACCAGUGAUAAGUUGAGUACUGAGCUCUUUCAGGACAAAAGUGAAGAGGCUUCCCUUGACCUUGUGUUUGAGCUGGUGAACCAGCUACAGUACCAUACUCACCAAGAGAACGGAAUUGAAAUUUGCAUGGACUUUUUGCAAGGCACUUGUAUUUAUGGCAGGGAUUGUUUGAAGCACCACACGGUCUUGCCAUAUCAUUGGCAGAUCAAGAGGACAACUACUCAGAAGUGGCAGAGUGUAUCCACUGAUUCCCAGGAGCACUUGGAAAGAUUUUACUGUAAUCCAGAGAAUGAUAGAAUGAGAAUGAAGUAUGGAGGACAAGAAUUUUGGGCAGAUUUGAAUGCCAUGAAUGUGUAUGAAACAACUGAAUUUGACCAACUACGAAGGCUGUCCACACCACCCUCUAGCAAUGUAAACUCUAUUUAUCACACAGUCUGGAAGUUCUUCUGUAGGGACCACUUUGGAUGGAGAGAGUAUCCUGAGUCUGUUAUUCGAUUGAUUGAAGAAGCCAACUCUCGAGGUCUGAAAGAGGUCCGAUUUAUGAUGUGGAACAACCACUACAUCCUCCACAACUCAUUCUUCAGGAGAGAAAUAAAAAGGAGACCCCUCUUCCGCUCCUGUUUUACACUGCUUCCGUAUUUACAGACACUUGGUGGUGUUCCCACACAGGCUCCUCCACCUCUUGAAGCAACCUCAUCAUCACAAAUCAUCUGCCCUGAUGGGGUCACCUCAGCAAACUUUUACCCUGAAACUUGGGUUUAUAUGCAUCCAUCUCAGGACUUCAUCCAAGUGCCUGUUUCUGUAGAGGACAAAAGUUAUCGAAUCAUUUAUAACCUUUUUCAUAAGACUGUGCCUGAGUUUAAAUACAGAAUUUUGCAAAUACUGAGAGUCCAAAACCAGUUUCUUUGGGAGAAAUAUAAAAGGAAAAAGGAAUAUAUGAACAGGAAAAUGUUUGGCCGUGACAGGAUAAUCAAUGAGAGACAUUUAUUUCAUGGAACAUCCCAGGAUGUGGUAGAUGGAAUCUGCAAGCACAACUUUGACCCUCGAGUCUGUGGAAAGCAUGCUACAAUGUUUGGACAAGGCAGUUAUUUUGCAAAGAAGGCAAGCUACUCUCAUAACUUUUCUAAGAAGUCCUCCAAAGGAGUCCAUUUCAUGUUUUUGGCCAAAGUGCUAACUGGAAGAUACACGAUGGGCAGUCAUGGCAUGAGAAGGCCCCCUCCUGUCAAUCCGGGCAGUGUCACCAGUGACCUGUAUGACUCUUGUGUGGAUAAUUUCUUUGAGCCUCAGAUUUUUGUCAUUUUUAAUGAUGAUCAGAGUUACCCUUAUUUUGUUAUCCAAUAUGAAGAAGUCAGUAACACUGUUUCCAUUUGAAAAAUCUUGGUACUGCUGAAUUAUUUGAUAGGAACUCAAUCCAGCAUUUGUAGCAGGUUUUGGAUGGGUGGGACAGAGGAGGAACAGCAUUGGACAUUAAUAGGGCACUUUUAAGACCCAUUUUUUAAGUGCUAGAAAGUGAAAUUUUUUAAAAGAAAAACACAAGUUUUAAAAUGACCACUUAUUCUUUAAUUAUUUACUAACUGUUGUCAGUGUGGAAAAGACUACAGAUUGCAUACUCUUUUUAUUCACACUUGUACAUAUAGGCAGCAAUGGUAUUGGAAGCAUUUUUAAAAAGAAACUGAACAGCCUAACUAACUAAAUGUGACCUAAGCCUGGUGAAGUUUGGCCAAAUGAAAUGGAGGCUGUGAGCAAAGUGAGGGUUCUAUUUAUUUAUAAUGAUAAAACUGACUGGAGCUAGUACUACCAUUCUUAUUCCCUGUCCAAAGCAUCACUUAUGGUGUAGGAUAAGUUCAUGAAAUUCUGGUGGGUGGAAAGAAAUUUUUAUUUCUAUUGGCAGAACUGAUAUGUAUCACCCAAACUGAAAUGUAUCACCCAAUCAGAGAGCAUCAGUGACUUUAAGUGUUCUGCAGAAUUUGCCUGAGGAUUCAGAGGAAGUAAAAAAAAAGAAAGAAAAAAAGAACCAUUUGAAAAAUUUUUGUCACCAGCAAAAUUUUUCACUAACUGGUUAUAUGAAACAUGAUUCUUGUGUUGUUAAACUUCAGCCUUAGAAAACUCAGUCUCUUCCAUUAUCGUCUACCCCAAUCUGAAGGAGUUGGGCAGCUAAUUCAGUUAAAGCCAGUCUUGAGGGUUAGUAGUAUUACUUUAUUUUAGAGUUCCAGACCUAGGCCUUGACUGAAGGUUUUAGAGAAAGGAAGUACAUCUAUAAACUGAAUUGAUAAGGUUUAUUACCGUGCUUUGCACAAAGUAGACUCUCAAAAGUAUUUGUUGGCUUGGAAAUAUUGUUAAAGGUGGUUAUCCCACCCCUAUGCCUGCUUUGCCAGAUGCAGCUGGGUUCCCUGGCUGACUCUCUAUUUUACACUACUUAAUAGAAACACAAACUUGGAAAUUGUGCCACUGGCCCAGCUGGAGCAAUGUCCGGUGUAUAUGCUAAUGCCUCAGUUCAGAGAGGUAGCAGCUAGGUAUACUUUGCUUUAAGCAAAGCGAAUACCUGAAUUUACAAAAGUGGAAGUGGUUGUUCACAAAAGAAUUUUCACUGUGGAAUUCUUUCGGAUACCGAACUCUCCUAGUAUGUUUGUGGCUAUUUCAUUUACACAGAACUUUUCAGGAACUCCUGUGUUGUUUAAAGCAAGAUAUAUCUAUCCUGAUGUCUCAGUGACUCAGUCUGUUUAAGCACUUAUCAGGGCUUCCACACAAUUAUUUAUUUUGCCCUAGUUGAUCUUGUUGUUUGCUGCCAUUGGCAUGAAACAGCCAACUGUGGCUGUUACAGUUGUUCUUUCAUUCAAUUAUAACUUGUAAACCAGUGAUUCCCAAUCUUUUUCAAGUUAAGACACCCUACCAUUGCUUAUUUGAUUUUAUGAAACUUGUUCCUUUUUUUCUCCUUAAAGGAAAAUAAAGCUUUAUGACAUAUUUAUUUUUUUAAUAAAACUAAGCAAA